UAAUCUUGGGAACAAUGUCAUUAGUAAUAUGUGACGACACACUAACAACCUUCAUCCUUGACACCCCUUGGUUAUUACCCAAUCCGCACAUAGUCUAUUUGGACUCAGGCUGGACUUGCGUAACUCGUAGAAGGACUUUCGUACAGUGAGAUUAUUAGAAUAGGCUGCCAAGAGGACGUUUGGUGACCUCUAAAGACCACCUUAAAAAUGAGUUCACCAAUCCGUGUUGUUGUAACCGGUGCAGCAGGUCAAAUUGCCUAUGCCUUGCUGUAUCAAAUAGCCAAGGGUGAUGUCUUUGGAGCAACUCAGCCAAUUAUUCUUCAUUUAUUGGAUAUCCCACAAAUGAUGGAAGUAUUGGGUGGAGUAGUUAUGGAAAUAAAAGACUUAGCAUUGCCACUGGUUACAGAAAUUGUUCCUACUGCUGAUCCUGCAGUAGCCUUUAAAGAUGUUGAAGCUGCUUUUCUUGUGGGUGCCAUGCCUCGCAAGCAAGGGAUGGAGAGGAAAGAUCUCCUGUCGGCAAAUGUUAAAAUUUUUAAAGUUCAGGGAGAAGCACUUGACAAAUAUGCCAAAAAGACGGUAAAGGUGCUAGUGGUUGGUAACCCAGCAAACACAAAUGCACUGAUAUGCUCUAAAUAUGCACCUUCAAUUCCUCGUGAGAACUUCACAGCAAUGACACGUCUUGAUCAAAAUCGUGGCCGUGCUCAGAUAGCAGAACGUCUCAAAGUGAAUGUAGGACAAGUUCAGAAUGUAAUAAUAUGGGGCAACCACUCAGCUACUCAAGUUCCAGAUGCUAACAGUGCAAUUGUUAAUUUGGGAUCAGGUCCUGUACCUGUGACAGAUGCCCUAAAGAGUGAUGAUUGGCUGAAGGGAGAGUUUAUAACAACUGUUCAGAAGCGGGGCGCUGCGGUGAUUGCAGCACGUAAGUUGUCGUCAGCAGUAUCUGCUGCGAAAGCCGCAGGAGACCACAUGCAUGACAUAUGGCAUGGAACUCUUCCUGGUCUGUUUGUGUCUAUGGGUGUCAUUUCUGAUGGAUCAUAUGGUGCACCUAAAGAUGUUAUAUUUUCUUUUCCUGUUGUUAUUGAAAAUAAAGAAUGGAAGAUUGCUCAGGGUUUACAGAUAGCAGACUAUCACAAACCUCUACUCGAGGCCACAGGCAAAGAACUAUUGGAAGAGAAAUUUGAGGCUCUGGAAGUGUGUGAACACUGACUGGCAUUGCCCCCAACCAUGCCAACAUCACGACCGCGUUGCAACAUGUAGUAAUUUGUAUGUAGCCAGAAGAUGCUCACUUUGUGACUCGACACCAACCACAUGGCGUUUUCAACUGACAUCAUGGUUGGAGGGCAUAUUCACCUUAUGUUGAUGAAAAGGAGAACAUAUUUUUAUAUGUGUAUUUUGAAAAUUUGUUGACCAUAUUAUCCACUACCUCACAGUGGUACUACACUUAAUUCCAAAUAUUCUAAUAUAUUUUAAUCAAAUAUACAUUGUAUCAUAUUAAUGGUUUUUAUGUUUCUUGAUUCAAAAACAAGUCAUUAUAAUUUGGUAUUUUGAAAUGUCUGUACAAGUAUAUAAGGGUUUGAAAAACCACUGCAGCUAAUUUUUAAGUGCUGGAUGGAGGAUGUAUAACAUGCUCUGUCCCCACUGAACGCAGUGUAGCAAUCAAGCAUAUGUGUUGCAUUCAGGAGGUUAUGGUUUCAAAAUUAGUCCAGACUGGCUAUCAUAAUGCCUUUCAUGGUUUUCUCCACUUCCAAACGCUUGGCUUACGACCGUUCACAUUCAUGAUCUGUGCAUCAACAGUUUGCAUUAAAUAAACCAAGUAAUAACUUAAAUGAAUUUUAUAACCAUAUAUAAUUUAUUAUUUGUAAUUAUAUAUAAGUAAUUAAAAUAUUCUGAAAACUAUCCCUACAUAUUUUUUUUAAAUUUCAACAUAUUCUGAGGCAUUAUCAAUGUGUACAUUAUUAAACAUCUACACUGAUGGACUGCGUGAACACAUCUAUUGAAAAAAAUUCUAUAUCCAAACAGCAAUAUCAAAUGUACAAAAUUAUUCGGUGUUUUGGAAUUAUUUCAGAACCAGAAUAGGGUCUAAUCUGUGAACGGUGGGCACUUCCUCAAACUUACACUGGAUAGAAUACACAAACAUACUCAGAUUGACAUUGAAGGGGUUAGGGUUUGAUACAGCGCCAAGACUGAUGCGGUCUGAUUACAUCCCAGGUUCUCAUCCGUUGAAAUAUUCUAAAUCCUGUACAGACAUUUCACUGAUAUGUAUUCAAUUUAGCACAAAUAAUUCUUCAUAUUGAAUAUUGCAACAGGUGGUUGGUACUCCAAACUGUGUUGUCAUGUGAAAGGGAAUAGGCUGAAAUGGUGACAGAAAAGGGUUAUUGUUAUUUGCUGUAUAGGAUAUAUAUUGCUUGUAUUGUAGUAUUGUGUAUAUGCUGUUGCAUUUCUGAGCUUUCAGCUUCAUAAAAUUUUAAACUAGUAUUUGUUUCCAAAUGGCAGGAAUCAUUUAACCUUAGCUACAAGUAUAUGCUGCAUAGGUUGCCAGGAAUUACUCCGACAUUCAAGAUAUUUAUUUGGGCUAUUGCAUUUAGCAUCACUUCUUUUUUUUAGGUGAGAUUAUAAAAAUGGAACCUCAAAGUGAAUUGCAUUUGUGAAUAAAGGUUAUUUUAAGUGGCAUACCA